AUGAAGGCGAAAGGAGAGUUGAAGGAAUAUGAAGUCAUUGGCCGUAAGUUGCCAUCGGACAACGAGCCGAAACCGCCGCUGUAUAAGAUGAGAAUUUUCUCCCCGGAUCCUAUUGUAGCGAAGUCCAGAUUUUGGUACUUCUUGCGACAACUUAAGAAAUUCAAGAAGACCACUGGAGAAAUCGUGUCCAUCAAGGAAAUCCCAGAAAAAAGCCCAAUCAAGAUCAAAAACUUUGGCAUUUGGUUGCGCUAUGAGUCACGUUCUGGUGUCCAUAACAUGUAUAGGGAAUAUCGUGACCUAAGUGUUGGUGGUGCAGUUACACAGUGCUAUCGUGAUAUGGGUGCCCGACACAGAGCACGUGCACACUCUAUACAGAUUAUCAAAGUGGAAGUAAUCAAGGCAUCUGCAUGUCGCCGGCCGCAAGUAAAACAGUUCCACAACAGUGGCAUCAAAUUCCCGCUGCCUAAACGUGUCCACCACCACAAACGGCUCAAUACCUUCGCAUACAAGAGGCCCAGCACAUAUUUCUUG